AUGAUAAAUCAAAAUAACAAUACUUCAACAUAUAAAGAUAAUACAGCAUCACGCACCAACAUAAAUCCUUCAUAUAAUACAAAUAAUGAUACAUCUUUGAAUAUUAUUCCAACUAAAAAUACUGAUCUCUUAGAGAAGUUCGGAUCUGGCUUAAAUGAUGAGCAAAAAAAAGCAUACUUGCUUUUCUGUGAUCAUCAUCAAAGGAAUAACCAAAUCUGUGAAAACAACCUAUCACAAUUACUGCUUUACCUCAGCGGCGCAGGCAGAACUGGCAAAUCCAGAGUCAUCCAAGCAAUAUGCUUCUAUUUUGAACAUAUUUUACAACAUGACUCUCUUAUUGUUUUAGCCCCAACUGGCAAUGCGGCAGUAAACAUAUGCGGAAGUACUAUACAUUCUGCAUGCGGAUUCGGAUUUAAUAAGUAUCAAAAUAAUAAUUCAAUAUCAUUGGAUGAACACCUAUGCCAACUUCAAGAAUAUUGGUCUAAAAUCAAAUAUGCUAUAAUUGAUGAAAUCUCUAUGAUUAGGCAGAAACUCCUUAUGCAAUUUCAUACUUUCACAAAAAGGAUAAAAAUGACUAAUGAUUCUACACCAUUCACUGAAAUAAACAUUCUAUUUGCCAGAGAUUUUAUGCAGUUACUGCCUGUAUUAGAUGUAGCAUUAUAUAUGCUGAAUAAGAUUAAUCACUUUUUUUCUUCACCUAAUUUACAAACGAUCAAAGGUGUAAAACGAAAGCAUGAUAUCGACCCUUUAUUGUUCGGUCUCCAGACUGUUGUUAAUACAACAGAUAGAAGCCUUUGGCUAAAUGUUAAAUAUGUGAUUCAAUUAAAAUUUCCUAUGCGUCAAAUAGAUGACCCUUUUUAUGCUAGUAUUCUUGAAAAUAUGUGUUGUGAAAAUCUCACAGAAACUCAAAUAUCAGCUUUACGAUCAAAGGUCCUUGGAGAUAAUAAAAUUAAUUCUCCAGAAUGA